GUAUUAUCAUAGGAGUAUAUUUUUUCAAUUAAAAAGUGAAAUAAUUUUUCCCAAACACACAUUAUUAUUAGCAAAAUUAGGGCAAGAAUAGCAGCACAGCAGUCAUCGGGUUUGUCUCCACUCUCCACAUUCUUAUCAUGCUCUCAAUCGCUCGACGAGUUCAAAGAUGUGGUCGUUGCCUCCAAUUCAUUGGUCUCCAAUUCCGUUCUUCUCAUGCCGACGGAAGUUCUUCCCCACCUCGGCGGCAGCGGCGGUCCAAGUUUUCUCCCUCAGCAAUGUUGAAGAAAGCGGAUGAAAAGUCAGAGUGGUGGAUUGUGGAUGGAGAAAUGCACGAAAUUGGUGAAAAUGUACCACUCAGAGAACGAUUUGUAAUCCCAAGACAGAACAUCCCUAACAAGCGUCGUAAGCAGCUGCGCGACCAGUUCAUGCGCCGUACUCGCCUGGUCCUCAAAGAAUCCGAGCAUGAACCAUGGUGCAAAAGAUAUAUGGAAUUGUAUAACGAGAUGAGAGAGAACUGGGAGAGGCUAUAUUGGGAUGAGGGUUAUUCCAAAAAGCUUGCUCAAGAUCAUGCAAACUAUGAUUCUGUUGAAGAUGAUGAUGAAGAUUUCUCUCCAUACAGGAGAAGUAAACCUAAUGUUGACCAAAUGAAGAUGUCGAGCGAACAUUGGGAGAGAAAAUGGAUGACAUCUGAAGACGUCAUCAAUACAUGUUCCAUACGCAAAGCUGAUUUUGCUUCAACUGCAAGAUAAAUAUCGAUGAUGCCAUUCGUCUCUUCCAGCAGAAACGAUGUGCUAAAGCUCAAGCCAAGCCAAACUUAUUGGAGCUGAGAAGUUCAAAAAGAAAUUGGACGACGUAAAGCAAGUUGCAGAUGCAAAGCAGUCCGCAGAACUUAAACAAAUUGACGCUAUAGUAUUAUGUUAUAUUUAGUUUAGUUUAGUUUACUUUUGACGUGCGUAUUGUGUUGAUUCUAUAGUAUUAUCAUCGGUUUUAUUUACUUUUGACGUGCCACGUCUUUUUUUAGGCUAUAUAAACUGAACUAGAAAUUGAUAAAUUGUUCAGUUUACUUUGUUUAUAUGUAUUUGAAAUUAACAAUUGUGAAGUGCCAAUUUAAGCUUAAUGAAUAGUUCGUUGUUAGACAUCUAA